UGGCUGUUUGAAGCGUUUUGGAUGUUGAAGCUUAAAUACUUACUUAUUUACUAUAUAUAACUCUAAAGGCAAUGACCUUUCUUUAGAUGACCUUAUGAGAUAGCUGAAUAAAUCGGGAUCUUUGAUGGAUUUCUUUGCCUUCUCUUCAAUCCUUCUAUGUGUAGUGCUUAUUGCUAACCUCCUUCAAUGGCGAAAGCCAAACUCCAAAAGGCUUCCUCCAGGCCCGCCAAGAUGGCCAGUAUUCGGUAACCUUCUUCAAUUGGGCCAAUUACCUCAUAGGGACUUGGCAUCUUUGUGUGAUGAAUAUGGGCCACUCGUAUACCUCCGCCUUGGCAGCGUUGAUGCUAUCACCACCAAUGAUCCUGAAAUCAUACGCGAAAUACUCCUUCGCCAGGAUGAAGUCUUUGCUUCCCGGCCACGGACUCUUGCCGCUGACCAUCUAGCGUAUGGGUGUGGAGAUGUAGCGUUAGCCCCAUUAGGCCCAAAUUGGAAGCGAAUGAGGAGAAUUUGUAUGGAACAACUACUAACAACCAAGAGGCUCGAUUCUUUCGCCAAACACCGUGCCGAGGAAGCCCAGCAUUUAGUGCGAGAUGUUUGGGCACAGGCCCAGACUGGAAAGUCAGUGAACUUGAGAGAAAUGCUGGGUGCAUUUUCUAUGAACAAUGUGACUCGAAUGUUGCUAGGGAAGCAAUACUUCGGAGCUGAAUCAGCAGGUCCCCAAGAGGCCAUGGAGUUCAUGCAUGUAACCCAUGAGUUAUUUAGGCUUUUAGGUGUAAUAUAUUUGGGUGAUUAUUUGCCAUUUUGGAGGUGGAUUGACCCUUAUGGGUGUGAGAACCAAAUGAGGGAAGUGGAGAAAAGAGUGGAUAAUUUUCACUCCAAGAUUAUUGAAGAACAUAGAAGGGCAAGGCAGGCGAAGCAGGGAGAGGAAGUUGGAGAAGGAGAAAUGGAUUUCGUUGAUGUUUUAUUAUCAUUGCCAGGCAAAGAUGGCAAGGAGCACAUGGAUGAUGUAGAGAUCAAAGCUCUGAUUCAGGAUAUGAUAGCCGCUGCAACAGAUACUUCAGCUGUAACUAACGAAUGGGCCAUGGCAGAGGUGAUCAAGCAUCCACAUGUCCUCAAUAAGAUACAAGAGGAGCUUGAUUAUGCUGUUGGCCCUGAUAGGAUGGUGACAGAAUCUGAUUUGCCCCAUCUCAACUACCUACGUUGUGUUGUACGUGAAACGUUCCGUAUGCAUCCAGCUGGGCCCUUUCUAAUCCCACAUCAGUCCCUACGUGCCACCACAAUCAAUGGCUAUCAUAUCCCCGCUAAGACUCGUGUCUUCAUUAAUGCUCAUGGACUAGGCCGAAACACCAAUGUAUGGGCUGAUGUGGAGGAGUUUAGGCCCGAAAGGCAUUGGCUGGAAGAUGGAAGUCGAGUGGAGAUAAGCCAUGGAGCUGACUUCAAGAUAUUGCCAUUCAGCGCCGGAAAAAGGAAGUGUCCUGGUGCCCCGCUUGGGGUUACUUUGGUGCUCAUGGCUUUGGCUCGGCUCUUUCACGCCUUUGAUUGGGCUCCCCCAAAGGGGCUAAGGCACGAGGAUAUUGAUACCACUGAGGUUUAUGGCAUGACAAUGCCCAAAGCCAAGCCCUUAUUGGCAUUGGCCAGGCCACGUUUGGCAGAUCAUAUGUAUCAAUGAUCAAAUUUUAAAUUUUCAAUCUACCCAAAAAAAAUUUUUAAUUUUCACUUUUGAGGGUUCUUUUUAUAAAAUUUUCCCUUACAUAUAUAGGAAAUAAGAACACUUGAAUAGCAAAUGUAUUACUUAAAUCACAUAUAAUUUUUCAAUAUUAUUAUAUUAAACUCAAUAUAUUCAAAUCUCUUCUUUCUCUUA